AUGGAAGGCUUUAUUGCCCAGGGAGCCCCUCGGUCCCAACCUUCGGAGGAGCGUCAAAUGAAGCCUAUAAACCGAUCGUCGACCGUGAAAACCACUAGCAACCUUCAUCACAAUGGAUUUGACGACAGAUUCCUAUCUAGGGUUCGGUCAUUUUUCAGCCGUGAUGCUCACAUCGGAGAUGUCGGCCGCGACCCUCUACGCGAUAAGGAACACGUCGAGAUUCAUACGUGGGAUGGCCCCGAUGACCUCGCCAACCCCGUGUAA